AUGAGUUAUUCCAUGAGUGAUCUGACCACCCAUGGGAUUCACUGGCAUGUGCUCAGGGACUACCUGUUAGGAAAGAAGGGGUUUGAUGACCCGGAGCCACAGGACCAUGAGGACCCGACAGUGGCUGAGGCCGUCAUCUUUUUCCUCUGUGAGGUCAUACUGUUUCCUGAUGCCCAAAUCCUACAUGUCUUUCAAGGUCCUCACAUGGUACCUACUCCCCAAGCCUCCCAAACCACCGCUCCUCAAAACGCGCCCUCUGCCCACUGCGCUCUUCCUGACAGCACUGUCCCUGGCUCCCGGGUGACACCUUCCCGUCGCGAGCGGUCUAGUGACUCUGUUGGCGGGUGUCGUGUGUCUCCCCCGGCGCACUGGGAGUUUCUGGGACACGGACACGCGCACACACACGCACACACACGCACACACAGGCCCCGGGACGCCACGCCUCGCCCGCCGACGUGGGCACCGUGCUCUGGCGCCCGGAGACACACCUCAGCCACAGCCCGCACCCGCGAGAGGCAGGACCUGCCCCUUGGGACCGGGCACGCCCGCGCGGUGGGCGUCUGCGCCCGCUGCCCCCGCUUCCCGCGGAAUCUCGGCGUCACAUCUGUGGAAGCCUGCCUGCUCCAAGCUGAGCUGGUGAACUAUGAGCGAGUCAAGGAGUACUGCCUCAAAGUCCUGAAAAAGGAAGGGGAGAACUUCAAGGCCCUGUAUCGGUCUGGUGUGGCCUUCUACCACCUUGGGGACUAUGACAAAGCACUCUACUACCUGAAAGAAGCAAGGACCCGACAACCAACAGACACCAAUGUGAUUCGGUAUAUCCAGCUGACCGAGAUGAAGCUCAGCAGAUGCUCCCAGAGAGAGAAGGAAGCCAUGUAACUAGAGGGCCUCUGCAGAGCUGCACCCAUCCUGACCGAGGACUAACAGGCACCCCCGGUGGACGGCCUGCCCAGCUCUGUCCCUCUCCCCCGACUUCUGCCACCUUCCCCUUCGUCCUCCCGUCCCCCCAACUCUUUGUGUACUCCUAAUGUGAAAAGAAGGUGAAAAGCACACUUGGAACCUGUGAGGUCCCAGACGGGGAGUCCCCCGUUCUCCCGCAGGUCAGUGACGGAAGGCGCCUAACUUCUGCUGGGACAGCUGCCAAGGCGUCUCAUGGGCUGGGGACGCCACCGUGGCUUUGACUUUGGCCAGAGCUUCUGUCGGGGGCAGAGCCUGGCAGGUGUACCACCCCACAGACAGCGGGCGUGGCGCCUACCGUCUGGACCCUUCCGUACCUUUCUGAUGGACCACGGCGUCUCGAGGCAAUUGUAACAAAGCCAGGGAUGGCGCCGGCACCAGAAGCACUGGACGGGCCGACAUAGAGACUGACUUUACACACUGGCACACCACCACGCCCUCCAGGACCUCGGCCCCGCCACCUCCCCCACUUGUUGUCUUGGCUUGUGCUCUCUUCUCUCCCUCCCGGGGAUCCGAAUCUCUGCCAGGAUUCACAUGCCAUAACCACCCACUCUCGGUGCCCUUUGCUGACCACACAUACCAGCUCCCAGCCAGUAGGCAGCUGUGACCACAGAAGGACAGGGUGAAGCGGGCCAAGGGUGGGGCAGGGCAGCCCUGCAGGUGACGAUGCCCAAGGACAAGGGCAUCGUGUAAGCUGGGGGAUUGGACUAGGGACUAAGCAAGUGUAAAUAAAAAUCAACUUAUGGGCGGAAGUUCCGUCACUUCUGUUGAAAGCAGCCCACUCCUCCACUUUUCCUUCUGUCCCAAGCUGCAGUCGGAGCUGCUUACGGCCAGGAAGCAUGGGUCUUCCCUGACAGUGCCUGGCCACUUGUCCGGUGCUGUAUACAAUGCUGGCUACAGCGUUUGUGCUUUCCAAUGUGGGCCGGGAGUGUGGAGACAGCCCUGGGCGUUGGCUUUGUGAGAACUUGUACAGCCUCUUUCUGAUAAAAUUAGCUGAACUCAAUAUCUAGCACAUAGAAUGUGUUCAACAAAUAUUUGUUGAAUGAAUAAAUUAUGACUGCAGACUGACUCUCCUGCCUUACACUAAUUUUAUCCUGGCCUAGUCUCCAGAUAUCUAUGCUCUUAUGCUAUGCCUUGUUAUUUCAGUCAAAUGAGAGACGGUUCUUGAGGGCUUACUGUUCACCCACUCUAGUGCAAUAUUAUUGCUGUGGGAUACAGGAUCUCAUCCUGGUCUCCCAGGAGAUGGAAAUGCAUAUGAGAUUAUUACCAAUGACAUCUUUAACUUAUAUGAUGCUUAAACAUUUUCAGAGCACUUUCAUGUAUUUUUUGUGUGAUUAGUGAGACAAUGUACAAAAUCAAAAUAUAUACAGAUGCAAUAAUGUGAAUAGCUAGGAUUUAUUAAAUGCACUAUCUUCAGAUAUUUA